AUGAUUCGCAUCGUCGCGGGAACGUACGAGGGAUUGCUGUACGGAUGGCAGUGCCCCACGGUGGCCACGGGCGAAUGCACGAAGAUGAGGCUCACGUUCGGGUACGCGGCGCACUCGGAGUGCAUCAAGAGUGUGGCGUUGAUGGGCGCAAAGCAGGGCAAGACGCUGGUCUCAGGUAGCAGCGACGAGAUGAUCAAGAUCUAUAAUGUGGACAAGCGCGUGGAAGUUGGCAGCUUGAUGGAGCAGCACGGCGCUAUUACGAGCCUCGAGUUCUUUGGCCAGAGCCACGUACUUAGCGGCAGUGCUGACCACUCGAUCUGUAUCUGGCGGACGUCCGACUGGAACUGUGUGCACAUUCUCGGUGGUCACAAAGGCGAGAUCAAUGCGAUUGCAGUGCAUCCAAGCGGAAAGAUGUGCUUCUCCGUCGCACGCGAUCGCACGCUGCGCAUGUGGAACCUCGUGAAGGGUCGGAUUGCGUUUAUUCGACGACUGGAAAAGGAGGCAGAACUUGUUAUGAUCUCGAAGAAAGGCACGCACUAUGCACUCGGAUUUGGCACGCAUUUGUCUGUUUUCAACAUGAACGCAGAGCUGGUGGGCACGCUUGAGCACACGAAAAAGAUUUGCUGCGCUGUCUUUGCAAUGGAUCAGUACGUCGUCUGUGGAGGCGACGACAAGCACAUUUAUAUCUGGAAGACGAACGGAACACUUGUUGGAAAGGUAACGCACAAGGACAUCGACGCCCGCAUUCGGUGUCUUCAAGUGGUAUAUCCUCACGGCGAGCACGAGUUGCCAUGGAUAGUGCUGGCCACGUCGGAAGGCACGUUUCAGAUUUGGGAUUUUGCUUCGUUCGUGUUGGACGAUUCGUCGCCGGAAGAAUCGAACAAGUCAGUCGAGCCCCUGGCUUCGACUACUCUCCUUACGAAGCCUCGUGUGACGUGUCUGUCUGCUGUCGUCGCGAGCGAGAAGUCUAGCGAUGAAGCCGCAGCAAGUGACGCUACGCUCAAGCCGAUCAAGAAGACCAAGAAGACCAAGAAGACGAAGACUACAAUCGACAAAGAGCCUUCUGGUCCAGCUGCUGGAGUCCCUCACGUUGUCGUUGAGAUUGAUGGAGAAGUCAGUGCCUCGAAAAAGCGUACAAAGGCUGCAGACACGCAGAAACGCAAUAACAAGAAGAAGAGGCAGAGGAAGGCGCAGCAGUAG